CAGUUAAGUUCAGUGGCUCUGCUCACUUCACUUACAAUCCCUAACCAAAACCACUCAACCCCAUCAACAAUGUCGAUAAUACCAAUCAACAACAGCGAUAGAAGAAUUGACCUCUUCGAUCCAUUUUCUCUAGACCUCUGGGACCCUUUCCCGGAUUUUCCUUUCCCUUUUCCCUCACUUUCCCGCGCUUUCCCGGACUUCAACCUCGGAGCUUCGGUGAAUUCGCGAGUCGACUGGAAGGAGACCGCCUACGCCUAUGUCCUCAGAGCUACGUUCCCCGGUGAGGACGUGCUCGUCGAGCUCCAAGACGAUCGGGUGCUUCAGAUCAGCACAGACAGCGGAAGCUUCAUGAGCAGGUUCAAGCUUCCCGAUAACGCGAGGAUCGAUCAGCUUAAAGCGUUCAUGAACAAUGGAGUUCUCACUGUCACUGUUCCCAAGGAGGGAGCUUCGAGGUCGAAUGUCAGAGUCGUCGAAAUCACUGGCGAGGAUUGAUUAAGGUCGUGUCUUUGCGCCUUUUUUGUCUGAAUUAUAUAUAUAUAUAUAUAUAUAUAUAUAUAUAUAUAUAGAUAUGUUAACGCCCUAGCUUUGUGAGGUGUUUCGGAACGGUCUUUGGAAUGAAUCGUUUGGUGGGAUUGUCAAGAAAAAUGUUGUGUGCCAUGAUUUUCUUUUCUUUGUGCUCGAGUUUGUGGUGUGCUACUUGGUUUCGGUAAUCAUAAAUUGUAAUGUUAAGGGAAUGUUCUAUGUUGAUAAUAUAUCGAGUCUUCUAUGUUUAUAA